GUCCAAUAAGAUCCCGAAAGUUGGCUCUCGUUGUCGGGCUCGUCCCAACACGGUCCUUUUUUACGUCUUUUCACCUAGUAACCCUUGUCCUUUUUCGUCUUUUCACCUGUAUCUCCCUCUUCCUUCCCUGUAUUUCUCUGUCCCUUCCCUCCAUUUCCACUCUCCUCGAUUUCUGAAUUAUUUUUUCUUCCCCCCCCCCUCUCUCUCUCUCUAGAAUUUCGUUUCUUUGAAGCGGCGGUACAGAGAGAAAGAAGCCAUUGAAUCAUCUCGAGUUUUCAGGAGGCGUGUUUUCGAGCUCCGGAGAGAGCACAAAAUCAGAAGCACUUUGAGGACAGCGAAGAGUCGAACUUCUUCUUGCUCAUUUUAAUGGAGGAAAGAGUUAGCGAGUCGGUGAGGUUUCCCUAGGGGUAUUUCUCACGGCGUUUUCUAGUUCCGUUUCCUUGAGAUUUACGUUGCGAUGACUGGUUGACUGAUUGGACUCUCCGUGAUUUCUUGGGCGAUUCAUCGAGACGGUGAUCUGGACAUCUUCAAUCACCCUCAAGAUGGACUCUGUAAAAUCUUCCGCUCUCACUCCAAAUAAGAGUCGAUUGGCAUGCACCUUUACCAAAGUUCUUCAUAUUCGAGCUCUAACUGGGAUAGCACCUGUUCAUGGGACUCAGAAAGUUAAGCCGCAAGAAAAGAUCAGUGAUGAUUGUACAGCAAGUAAGAGUACUGGGAUAGCACCUGUGCACGGGACUCAGAAAGUUAAGCCGAAAGGAAAGAUCAGCGAUGAUUGUACAGCAAGUAAGAGUACAGGUAGUCAAUCUGAGUCUUUUGAUAGUGUCGAAGAAGAGUUCCAGAAUAGAGUCCAAUUGCAAGUAUUGGUAGCAAAAUUGUUUGCUAGUAUCUCAUCAGUCAAAGCUGCAUAUUCUCAGUUACAGUAUGCUCAAUCCCCUUAUGAUGCCGAAGGUAUUCAAGAUGCUGAUCACUAUGUUAUCUCAGAAUUGAAAGUUUUGUCCGAAUUGAAACAGUGUUACCUUAAAAAACUGUUUGAUCCUUCACCAGAAACCACAAUGCUCUUGGCUGAAAUUCAGGAGCAAAAGAGUCUUGUGGGAACAUAUGACAUAAUGGGGAAAAGAUUGGAAUCCCAAACAAGACUUAAGGACUCCGAAAUUAUGUUUCUGAGAGAGAAGAUCGACGAAAUUAGAAAACAGAAUAGGUUGCUUGAGAAAAGAUUAAAUCAAAGUGGGCCGAUUUCUUUCACUGGUGAUCUUCACUCAUCAGGAGUAAACGUGAGGCAUUUCAUUAAAGUUCUUGGGCAUACAAUAAAGUCUGUUCGAAGUUUUGUCCGGAUGAUGGUGGAUGAAAUGAAAUCUGCUGGUUGGGAUGUUAAUGCAGCUGCAACGGAAUUCGAACCCGAUGCUGUUUAUUGGCAUGAUGAUCAUAGAUGCUUUGCAUUCGAGGCAUUUGUUUUCAGGGAAAUGUUCGACUCCUUCCAUAAACUCAAUUUUUCUCUCCCAAAUGAAUCCUUGCCAGAAAAAAGGAAACAGAAGCAAUUUUUCUUUGCAAGAUUCAUGGAGCUGAAGCUAAGGAAAACAAAAGAUUUUCUUUCACAAAAUUCUAGGACAGCCUUUGCCAAAUUUUGUCGGGUUAAGUAUUUGCGACUAGUUCAUCCCAAAAUGGAAUCAUCAUUAUUUGGUAAUUUGGACCAGAGAAGCCUAAUCAGCUCCGGUCAAUUCCCAGAUACAACUUUCUUUGGUACAUUUGCAGAGAUGGCAAGGUGGGUGUGGCUCCUACAUUCGUUAGCUUACUCCAUUGAACCGGAGGCUUCCAUUUUUCAAAUAAAGAAAGGAAGCCGAUUCUCAGACGUCUACAUGGAAAGCGUAAUUGAUGAAAUGUUCCUUUCACCAGAUUCUGACCCAUUUGUAGCAUUCACUGUCGUUCCUGGGUUCAUGAUUGGUAAAACUGCAAUCCAGUGCCGAGUCUAUCUCUCACAAUGACCAUUUCUUUAUUAUGAGAACAACAGUACACUAUCGUUUACCAACAACCACAGGCACCAACUCAAAGAUCAAGCUGUUCAACAAUUUACUUCUCUCGAUUGAACAAAGAUGGUGGACAAGCUGCUGCACAUAUUGUGACGGAGUGGCAAACAUCCUCCUUAGGCGUGCAGUCAAAACGCGAGUAAGUGCAAUUUUCUAGCGAUUUUGGAAGUGAAACCGCGUGAACUAAAGUUAAUUGAAUUGUCUUAUUUAUCUCGAUUGAAAACCAUCCCAUCAAAUUUUGUUAAUAUUAUUAUAGGGUCAGUGACAGAGGAAUGGUCUGGCUGUUGUGCAACAGAACCAGACAAUGCAUGUACAUGUAAGUAGCAAUAACUAUUAUAAAAUUAUAUAUAAAGUUAGAUGCCCCCUUUAAUCUCUCAUUUAUCCCUUGAAUUCUCUGCAAAACUCUGCAACAUAUUGCCAAAAUUCUAUGUAUGGUUCUCCUUGUUUUGAUACCAUCGGUUAGGAUGCUUUCCUGGUUCCAAGAAUCUUCAGUAGUAGUUCGUUUAGCUUUAUUUGACUGCAAAAUCCUUUGUUUAGCAUUAUAAGAUUCCAAUUGCCCCACAUAUUGUACUGUUUUUAUUAGGGUCGGUGAUGUUGGGCCAUGUGACUGCAAAACCUUGCCACAUUCUUUGUUUUCUAUACAAGAACGGCAUUGGCUUGUGAUGGGCUCUUUGAUUUAGUGUCCUCUUGGGAUAAUCCAGUUAGUAUUGGCUUCUCGAUUGUUGAAAAGGUGAAAAGUCUGAUGUAUAUGGACACUGUUUAAACUAAAUCAUAUGUAUUGUACUACCUUAGAUUAUAAAAA